GUCAAUAAGAGCGAUUCACCAAAAUUUUCAACAACCAAGAAUUUGUUAUUGUGCGUGUUUGCGGAAAUUGACUGCUGCAAUCGCGUCAUCAUAAGCGUAAAGUGGCAUUAAACGCAUGGAAAAUACAUUGUUGUUGUUAUUUAAAUGUUGCAUGCAUGUAAUGCACUAAGUGUCGUACGUUCAACAAGGAGCAAGGAGCAGCUGAAGCUGAAAACCAACAAAACCAACACACCGAACGCAUAACUAUGUCAUUUGUGGGUGGAGGGGUGGUGGGCGGAGGCACUGAUGUGCAUAAAUUUGUUGAGGCGCUGCAGGCAGAUUUUAAGACGCUCUCACUGGAAACAAAGAAGAAGUACCCGCAAAUAAAAGAGGCAUGCGAGGAGGCGAUUGCCAAGCUCGCCACCGCGGGCAGCAGCCAACAAAACUCGGUGUAUUACACCGUCAAUCAGAUACUCUAUCCGCUUGUUCAGGGCUGCGAAACCAAAGACUUGAAAAUCAUCAAGUUCUGCCUCGGCAUGAUGCAACGUCUUAUCACCCAGCAAGUGGUGGAUCAAAAGGGAGCUCUCUACAUUACAAAUGCACUGUGGACACUCAUGGAGCACAACAUCGAAGAGGUCAAGGUGUUGCAGACAGUAACUCUGCUGUUAACCACAAAUCUUGUGGUGCAUGGCGACACUUUGGCUAAGGCGCUGGUGCUUUGCUUUCGUCUGCACUACACCAAGAACUCCACCAUUGUGAAUACAGCGGGGGCGACGAUAAGACAGUUGGUGUCGCUGGUCUUUGAGCGUGUCUAUCUUGAAAAAGAUUCGGUGCCCAGCUUGCAACAACAACAGCUGCCGGAUGCCGAUGGCUCGAAUAGUUCACAGGAUGGCCAAACGUUUGCAUUGGAUGCAUUUCGGCUGUUUCAGGAUCUGGUGCAGCUGGUGAAUGCCGAGCAGCCUUAUUGGCUUGUGGGCAUCACUGAGAUGACGCGUCCCUUUGGCUUGGAGCUGCUCGAAGCGGUGCUCAGCAACUUUAGCGCUGUGUUUCAUGAGAAUCAGGAUUUUCGCAUGCUGCUGAAGGAGCGCGUCUGCGCCUUGGUUAUCAAGCUGUUCUCGCCCAAUGUCAAACAUCGUCAACUACCGCCUUCCAGCAACAACGGCACCGCAGCUGUGCCAGCUGAAAAGCCAUACUUCCCCAUAAGCAUGCGGCUAUUGCGUCUGGUGGCGAUACUUAUACAAAAGUAUCACACAAUUCUUGUAACGGAAUGCGAGAUCUUCUUGUCGCUGAUUAUCAAGUUUCUGGAUCCCGAUAAGCCGCAUUGGCAGCGUGCCUUGGCCUUGGAGGUUAUACACAAGUUGGUUACACGCUCCACGCUAAUUGCGUUCUUCUGUCUGUCGUACGAUCUGAAGAAUCAUGCCACACACAUCAUACACGAUAUGAUUGCCGCCAUGGGCAGCUAUGUGCGCUACUCGUUGAUCAAUGCGUCCGCUGUCCUGAGCAAUGGUGGUGGACAGCAGCUGCCUGGCGGGGCUGGACAACAACCCAGCACAUUGGCAGCGCUGGCAAGUGGUGGCAGUAAUCAGUGUGGCUUCAUGUUUCGAGGCGCUUAUCUGCCACUAGUGGCUACCUUUGCGCCCGGCGUAUCCAAGGCGGUUUAUUUGGAGUUGCUGGACAAAGUGGAUGCGCCCAAUAUACCCGAUAGUUAUGGCAUUUCUUUGGCCUAUGCCAUACUUCUGGACAUGACACGUUCCAUUGGUGGCGUCAUACAGCGCACACCGGAGCUGCAUCCCACCCACAAUACGGCUAUUGUUAGCGAGGAGGAGCACAAGCCGCUCUGUCUGCAGCUGGUGAACUCCAGCUGGUCCGGCCUAUUGAGCGCUUUCAUUCCACUGGUGGAAACAUCGAUCGAUGAGGCGACCACCGAGAACAUACUGAAGGCCAUGCAAAACUAUGCAGCAUUGUGCGGCAUGUUGGAUCAAUUGCAGCCGCGAGAUGCUUUCAUUAUGGCCAUGUGUCGCGCCUCCUUUCCGCCGCACUACGCCAUGUCCAUAUUUGCCAACAAUGCGCAGCCCGAUGCGGAUUUACGUUGUCACACGCGCAGCGGCAGCCAGGAUCUGAGCAGUCAGUUCAUCAACAGCUGCAGCGCGGAUGGCGGCGACUUUCGUCCCCAAAUUGUGGCAGUUGGCACACCAUUGCCCAGCGCCUCGUUGCCACACAGUGUGAUGCAGGCACCUGUUAUGCUGACCAAUAAGAAUCUGCAGUGCAUGCGUGCGAUUUUAUUGCUGGCGCAUAACAAUGGCAGCAUCCUGGGCACCUCGUGGCACAUUGUGCUGCAAACGCUGCAGCAUUUGGUUUGGAUACUGGGACUGAAGCCCUCCACGGGCGGCAGUUUGCAGGCGAUGCCAAAACCAGCCGUGGAUUCAAAUGUGGGCAUUCAAACGGCAGUGAUGGCUGAUUUGCCAGUGCUGUCGCAAAUGAUUGGCCAGCUGUUUGAGUCGAGUCAGUAUUUGGACGAUGUGGCGCUCCAUCAUCUGAUCGAUGCAUUGUGCAAGCUCUCGCACGAAGCUAUGGAACUGGCCUAUGCCAAUCGGGAGCCAUCGUUGUUUGCGGUGGCGAAGCUCAUGGAAACGGGAUUGGUGAAUAUGCCUCGAAUUGAGGUGUUAUGGAGACCGCUUACCAAUCAUCUGUUGGAGGUGUGCCAGCAUCGUCAUAUACGCAUGCGGGAAUGGGGCGUGGAGGCCAUAACGUAUCUGGUCAAGUCUGCGCUGCAAUUCAAGCACAAGCAGCCGCUCAAGGAGAAUAUAGAACUGCAAACUAUGUUGCUGAGUCCGCUCUCGGAGCUGUCAACUGUGCUGCAUGCGGAUGUGCGUCAACGCCAGCUGGAUUGCGUGUUGCAGAUUCUUAAUACAGCCGGAGAGAUACUCUCGUUUGGCUGGCCAGCCAUCAUUGAAAUCAUUGGCGCUGUAAAUGAUCAUCAUGGCGAGCCGUUGAUACGCACUGCAUUCCAGUGUCUGCAGCUGGUCAUCACCGACUUUCUGACCGUAAUGCCUUGGCGCUGCUUACCACUUUGCAUCAGCACAGCCGCCAAGUUUGGCUCGCAAACGCAGGAGCUGAAUAUCUCGUUGACAGCCAUUGGUCUGAUGUGGAAUAUAUCGGACUUUUUCAAUCAAAAUCAAGACAAACUUAUGUCCACGCAACUGGAAGAUGUGACUAUAUUGCCCGACUUUCCGGGCACCGUUAAAAUGCCGCAAUUCGACAAGCUGUGGAUGUGCUUGUAUGCCAAGCUGGGUGAACUCUGCGUGGAUCUGCGACCAGCUGUGCGCAAGUCUGCCGGCCAAACUCUGUUCUCCACAAUUGCGGCGCAUGGCAGUCUGUUGAAUCCACCCACAUGGCAGGCGCUUGUGUGGCAGGUGCUUUUCCCACUCUUGGACAAUGUGCGCGCUCUCAGCAGUUCGGCCAGCAACGAGAAGGUCGAUGCUAGUGGUAACAUUCUCAUCCAUCAUUCACGCAAUACGGCACAAAAGCAAUGGGCUGAAACGCAGGUGCUGACGCUCUCUGGCGUCUGUCGAGUGUUUAACACCAAGCGCGAGUUGCUGCAGAUGCUGGGCGACUUUGAGCGUGCAUGGUCGUUGAUACUUGAGUUCAUACAAAAUGCGGCACUCAGCAAGAAUGGUGAAGUGUCCUUGGCGGCACUCAAAUCGCUGCAAGAGAUCAUGUAUCACAAUAGCACGGAGCGUGCGCUGAAAGAUGCACAAACGGCACAGCAGCAGGACGACGAAAUCUGGACUAUUGCCUGGAACAUUUGGCUAAGCAUUGGCAUGGAGAGCACUAAGAUGUCGGCGACAUCAAGACAACUGUCUUCUGGUGGCAACGCUGGCGACAGCCAAGAGGACUUUUACAUUCCCAGUCAGGCUUUUCUCACGGCGCUCAUACAAAUCUUCCCUGCUAUCUUCCAGCACAUUCAAGUCAGAUUCAGUGCAUCCGACUUUGACAAGUUCUGCACGGUGCUAACGAAUGCAGUUUGCAUUCCCGUGCAAACGGAUGCGGUUCCUUACAUUAUGUCCACGGUGUCCGAUACGUUGCUGACGCCCCUGCAUGAUGGUAUAUUGGAGUGCAUGGAACUGAUACAGAAAGAGGCAACGCGAGCAGAUUCGGACCCCAGCAUACGCCAACUGAUACCCGCCAUCUUUCGCCAACUACUGAUCUUCAGCAAGUUUGCCUGUGCACCGCCCACUUUUCAGCAGAGCGUCGAGCACAACAAGUAUGGCAAACCGAGUGCUCAUUAUGCCAACAAUGCAUCCAUUGAGGUGGUCAGCAUGAAUUACAUUCCAUUCGGCGAGAAGUCCAUCAGUAUUUGCGUCAAGUUGUAUCAGAGCACUGCCACCGAGGAAUCGGUGGUGCAGGAGCAGAUACUGCACGACAUUGUCAAGGCGUUGCGCACUCCGCUAGCGAUGAAGUACAAGUGUCUGUCGUCGAGCACCUGGAAGCUGGCCAUCUCCAGUCUAAUCAGUGUGCUGCACACGGGCUUGAAGGUGGCGCGAGUGAAGCCUCAGCAUUUCAACAGUCUUUGGGAUGAUUUGGCUGACACAUUGGACAAGUUUCUGUUUCCCGUCAGCGUGUGCACCAUCGAGGAUCGCGGCCUAGAGGAGAUUGUGCUAGAUGAGACCAUUGAUUGCCAAGUGAUUGAGUUGCUACGCGACGAAGUGUUGCCGUUUGCUCACGAAAUGCCGCAUCAGUUUAUUAUGCAAAUUGUGGUGCUACUCAACAAGGGCUCCAUACACUCGGCGUCCGACAGCAACAUCUGCUAUGAAUCGGAUUGGAAGUUGCGCGAAAUCUUUGCCAAAACUUGUUUUGAAACGUUGCUGCAGUUCUCACUUCUGGAGGAUCAGACCAGCGUCACAGCCAGCAACAAUAAUCGCCUUAAUGCUAAUCUACUAACUGCUGCUGGCGCCGGCGGCAAUGUCAGCAAGGAUUUUGCCGGCCGCUUGGCGGUCACUGCGUUGCUGCAUCGCUUCCAGGAGGUGCUCAAGCGGUUCAAUGAUGACGAACGCCAGAGUGGCAAGUGUCCGCUGCCCAGAUUCAGGCUGUCGGAAAUAUCUUUUGUGCUUAAGGCAAUCGCAACGCUAGUGGUGUCCAUGAAGAAGGCGCCAGCAUCCAAAGUCAAUAAGCCCGCCUGGGAUCUGCUCAUAGGACUGUAUCCUUAUCUGGUGGACUGCACCACAACCACGUCGCCGGAGGUGUCGCGAUCCCUGCGCGAAGCGCUGCUGCAGUAUACGGAUCUGUUGCAAGCACCUCGCACCUCCAAUGACAAUGCAAUACAAUCGAAUGGUCAGCAGUGAGAAUAUGCAUAAAGCCAGCCAACCAGCCAACGGAAGCGAAUCGUUUUUAAUUGUUUAAGCCAAUUGUCCUUUUGAAUAUAUAUAUACAUACACUUAUCUAAUAUUUACAUAUUUAUUUUAAUGUGCAUAAUUUAAUAUUGUUAUCACUUUUACCCCUGCGCUAUCCCUCCCUAUAUUAUAACAUAUAUAUGUAUUUGUAUAAUUAUUAUUAUUAUUACUAUUGUAGUGGUACAGCUAAUAAGACCUAAGUAUAUAUGUAUGUGUGGUAUUAUCUAUCUUGAAAAGUGAACUACAAACAUCUCAAGAAACACAUUGCUGUCAAGAGCUUUACAGCUUGAUAAGAUAAGUUACCCAAAGCGAACCUCGUUAACCUAUAAUGCAGCUAUCGCAACAGCAGCCAAAAAGAAAAACAAUAUAUAUUUCUUUAGUACCUUUUCGCUGUUCACUGAUAACGAUAACGAUAUGAUAUGAUAUGAUAACUACUUAUGAGCUAUGCGUGUAGCACAUUUUAAACAAACCUACCUAGAAAUCAAAUAGACUUGCGUGUUAUCUGAAUCAAAUACGACUAUACUUAACCAUGAUGCAACAACUUUGUAGUGACGUUUUUAAAUAAAGCAAAAUUAUUAUUAUUACGUAA